AUGACCGCAACCAUUUCUCACGAGUCACUGAAUGCCACACUUACAGGCCUCAGGACCUCCGACGUGAUUCAAUUUCGAGGCAUUCCGUAUGGUCGAAUUCCGCGACGAUUCGCCGCGCCUGAGAAGCUAGACAGGUAUCCCAGAUUUCUCGACUGCACUAACUUUGGACCUCGGUGUCCGCAAGUCGCUGUCGAUGUUGGACAUUUAUUGCGCAUCCCUCCAGAACAUAGGUUCCCAGACGAACCGGAGGAUGAGUUCAAAUGCACCAAUCUAGACGUCGUAUUGCCUGACAGGGGACCAGACGUGGCAAACUCAAAUUUACCGGUCUUAGUCUGGAUACAUGGAGGCUCACAAGCCGUGACAUUCGGAAGCGCUGCAUCCGGAGUCUGCGACAUGAACAAAACAGUAGCUGACUCCCUCCGACUGGGAAAGCCAAUAAUCGCUGUAUCCGUUCAGUAUCGACUCAAUGUCUUUGCUCUCGGUAACGGAGAAGGGCCUCCGAACCUAGCGCUUCGUGAUCAAGAGUUGGCUUUGCAGUGGGUUCAAGAUCAUAUUUCCGGCUUUGGUGGUGAUCCGGACAUGAUUACUUUAGCGGGUGAGAGUGCCGGAGCUAUUUAUUGCCACGCCCACCUUGUUGCAAACGCGCGCGUGCGACAAGUCAUUCUCUCAUCUGGCUCCUUGUUCCUGUCGCCGCCUCAGCCUCGACAUUUGGUAGCAAGCUUUCGAGACACAAUUUCCACGAACUUGAAGGACAUAGAUCAAACGCUCGAUUUGGAAACUGCAUCUGCAAGCGAUGUUGUUGAGGCAGUCAGAAGAUCUGGUCUGCAGUCAUUUUUCCUCGAAUGGGAAAAAUCUUUCAAUGCUUGGCAGACCAAGACGGGCUGUGCAGAGAGAUUACUCCUCAGCGAUGUAACGAAAGAGGUUAGUUCACUCAAGACGUUGGGACUGAUUGUGCUGAUGAGUGGAAAGGGAGCAAUUUACCAAGCUGGAGUAUGGGCGACAUACCCCAGCGACAUAGCGAAAGCCUUUGAUGCGUCUGAGCAAUAUGGCGACGAGCUCAAGAAGUUGUAUCAUAUCUACCCCGACCGACCUUCAUCCUGCAAAACAGGGGCGUUGGACUUCAUCAACGAUUACAAGUACCUACUACCAGUCCAGCUUCUGGAGAGAUCCUUCAAGGAUGCAAAUAAGCCUGCCUUUAGAUGUCUGAUUGACGAAGCAAACCCAUGGCAGCCUUCAAGUGGAGCUCAUCACGCCGUCGACCUCGUUCUCUUGUUCGGAGGCUUUCAUCUGGGUUUUGCGCCUAGUGCUGAGCGCGUUGGUCAGGCUAUGCGCGAGGCGUGGAUCAAGUUUAUUUCUGGGGAGGAACCGUGGCCUGAAGCGACGGACAAGUAUUAUGGUUUCGGUCCUCAUGGGAGUCUAAAGAUUCUUGAAGAUUGGGAGGUUCGGUCACGUAGACGCAUUGGACUAGCGGAGAAGUUGAGUGAGAUGGAGAGCUCGUUGUUGGAUAAGACGACUCGUGGGCUUGCAGCUGGGAAAGUGAGUUUGUUGAACUGA